AUGUCUAUUAUCCAGCUAGAAGAACUUGUUUCCUACCAGCUUCGAUCGAGCUACCUCAAUGAGAUCGCCGAUGGCGUGGGUGAGCGCCUACUCACCGUCAACGACAGCUUCCUAAACUCGGCCCCCUUCAAGGCCGCUGGCUGGCGCCCCAACUCGUCCCAUAUCAAGCGCACCCAUUCGCCUCCGAUCCCAACCGCCAUCGCCUCCGAAUACUUCCAGGCCCCGCGCCAGGCUGGCCUGACUCUCGAGGAUGGAGACGAAGACGGCGGUAUGCUCACCGCGGGCGGCUCCGACACCAUGGGGCCCGGCAUGGCCACCAAGCGGCGCAGGCGCCGCGAGCAGCUGGAGGAGGAUGACAGCAGCGAUCUGAGCGACGAUAGCGACGAUGAUGUGGACCAACGAGCAGCUCAGCAGAUAAAAUUUGCCAAGAUGCCUGUGAGACACCGUGCCGGCUCUUCUCCCCUCCAGAACACGGGCUUUAGGCAAGCAGGCACCACCUCGCCAAGGGCUCCGCGACGCGGCUCCCAGUCAGCGCUGGAGACUGUCAAGGAGAGACCCCGGCGCGACACUGUCACCAGCAGCGAGAUCUCAUCCGAGAAUGAGCUCGACAUUCCUACCUACCAGAGGCAUCGAGACGCCGCCAGGGCAGCUGCGAGGUUCGCCAAGCUACAGGCCCGAAUCCUCGAGGAGCCUACGCCAGGAGUACAGCGGGCCGAUACGUCUCUGCUCCCCGAGGAGGAGGAAGACUCGGACGGAACAGACAUUUCUGAUGACUACGUAGUAGAAAGCAUCGACUCGGCAUCAAUCCUCGACGGCGUUGAGAACCCCAUCAAUAUGAAUGCCUCUCCCACCCGGCAACUCGUUGGAACUCCCCCAAAGAACUUUGUUCGACAAUCCACAGUCCGAAAAUCCCGGCCCCCGACACAACCUAUCCUGAUGGGGGCUCUACCGCCUCCUCGUCCCAUGAGCAUGCUCAGGCCGCUCAGCGUUGCUCAGCCCACGAGUCUGCUGUCGGCAGCGUUGAAAGCCAAGGCACACAAAUCCAGCAUCCCGUUCCAGAAGUUUGCGCACUUCAGUGGGCAGGGGACACAAGGGUCCAUCGGCGUGCGCAUUUACGCACCCUUCUCCAAGACGCCAAGCAAGCCGUUCCAGGUGCUUAUCCGGCCUCGUGUCCAAGAUGGCCAGGGCGCCGAACGCGUCGUGACGGUAGCGGAUCUAAUUGGACUCAGCUUGUAUCGAUACAACGAGGAAAAGAUAGACCCUCCUCUGCCGCCAAAAAAGCUCAACAUAAACUGGUGGACACUGCGAAUGGUAGAAGAGGGCGGCGAGGUGGACGAUGACUUCCCUCCGUUCGAGCGAACCAAGCCUUUAACCUCGUUUACGACUGUCAACAACGCCAGCAUGCGAGGAGGCGGUCGUAUGCGGUCCAACUCGACAGCAUAUGACGACUUCGCUUUGGCAGCAGCAUCUGAGGAUGAGUUCCUCGAGAACAAAGCACUAACACCACAAGAGGACCAGGAGGAGCCAGUAGCGCAAGAACCUAUGCCCGAGCCGCCGCGAGUGGAUGAAGAUGCCACCCCCAAGAAUACCCCCGGCCCAUUCAAUUCCUUCUUGGCCCAGCGGCCCCGGCAAAACCCCAUCGUCACAACUACGUAUCGAUCGAAUGCGGCACCGGCAGAUAUGCCACAGGCUCCAGUAUCGGCGCCAAACACUUCGCGAGGACAGCAGAAGCUACUCCGGAUCCAAAUAAUGUCAUCCGACGUUGCCCCUGGCCAGAUGGUGACGCUGGACGUUACGACUGACACGUACCUCGCUGAGGUCCUGGACAUGGUGUGCAGAAAGAGACAGCUCGAUAAGGCGAACCAUGUUCUCAAACUACCCGGCUCCGGAGCAGUGGUGAUGAUUGACAGGCCGGUGUCAUCCAUCGGCAAUGUUAGCGACCUAGAGCUGUACCGACGCCGGUUCGCGACCGAUGGCCCCCUAACGAUCACUGGGUCCCCGGGUAACUCAUCGCCCAAGAUGCUGCCCCUAACAGACUCGUCGAUGCAGAAACGAAGCAAGAAAUCACACAUGCCUAUGGUGGGAAGUCACCCGUUGGCGCGAGAGGCGCUGAAGCAGGAAGAGCUCAGCAACGCUAGCUACAAGAAGUACACUGUCUGGCGCAAGCAGCCAAUGCGCAUCGUCGGGAUGAGCGAGCGUAUCCUGGUCAUCGACGGCGAAUAUAUCCACAUCAUGCCUGCGUCAGGUGGCAAAGCGCUGCACGACGGCUCAGGCAAGACGACGACGGUGCAUUUCAGCAAUGUGGUUGGGUGCAAAGUGCCCCGUAAACACCCUACAAAUGUCAAGCUCGUGGUAUACAAGGCGACGGAGAGCAAGCGGUAUGACUUUGAAGCUCGAAGCGCGCACGAAGCGGCCGAGAUUGUGGAGGAACUAAAGAAAGGCAUCUCACCGUACCGGGAAGUCUGA